AUGAUGCAAAGUGCGGCUGUUCUACCAACAGAGAGUCCUGUGAAGGGUCUACCGGAGAUACUCGGAGUGCCAAUGCAACGUAAGGCUUUUCCACUUCCUUUUCUAUUGAUUAUAUCAUAAGGACAUUGGCAGGUGAGCUCUGAAAUGCUGCAGGGCACUGCUGUAGAAAAAUAUUCAGAGGUUAAUUACACUGCGUUGAGGGACAGGACAGACAGGCUAAUGAAGACAGUGAUAUUAUUCUACUGGCUCAUAUGUAUUCAUAUUAUUAUGACUCUUACUCCACUGACUCAUAUGACUUGUAUUUCAUAUUAUUAUUUGAAGUGAGGAUAUUAGUUGCAUCUCAUUUUGAUCUUCUGGUCCUGAUAUGGAAUUUUGUGGAAUGCUGUAUGGAUAGAGAUUCUUUAUCACAAGAAUGUAUUGUUUAAACUGUGCAUUUGUACUGCUCACAGUGUUGUGUUUCCCAACUCCAGCCCUAUGCACGAGUUGUACAAGCAGGUUUUACACUAUUUUAGAAGCCCCAUGUGCACAGGCCUAGGUUAUGACGUGCAUAAUAGUUUACUCAUCAAGACACACACACUUUAUUUUUUUAUUAGCACAGGAAUAUUUAUAUUCUCUACCUCCAGCGCUUUUUGUAUUCUAUUCCCUCGAGCUGUGUGAGAGGUUUGCCUCUGGUUUACAAUCAGAGACAUGCUAGACAGCUGUUUAUUUGCAAACGAGUCUGGCCACGGACGAGAGAUCAGACGUUGUCAUCACCUACUCUCCAUACCCAGCUGGUUUGACUGACAGCUAUUACUGAGUCAUAUCCGAAUUAUCCAGGCUAUAUAUGUUAAUGUAUGCUUUAAUGUUUCUGUUGUAGCUGUGUUUUGCACUAUUGUAGGCUACAUAAUUGUACAAUUAUGUCUGUCUUAUUAUUGUUUGACACAUAUAUGAUAUUACACAGCCUACUAAAACAGGUGGUUUUGUCAUAAUUUCUAUAAAAAAAUGAAAAACGUGAAAUAUUUCACUAUAUUGUGUGUGCAAUAACUAGGCUACCUCAGCAUCAAAGCAAAGAAUUACCUAUCUUCGCAUCUGCUCUUUAUCGCCGUCAUGUUAAUCUCUAGGCCCUUAUAAUCUGAUCAUGCUAUCAAGAUGGAACUGGAAUUUGAUAAAUUCCUGACCUAAUUAUUCAUGUGCGAGCCACUGGAAUGUACAGAUGGACCUAUUAUGGUAUUACCUCUAAUGUUGCUCUUAAUCCACAAUUAAAUAUUUCUUUAUAUCGCAGAUCCAAACGAGCCAUUGCUUCUUUCAGCGCUGGAGAGUAUAAAAAAAUAAAUAUAUAUUAUAUAUAUAUUUUUCAAAAUCUAGACUAAUUUCUUACGAUUUAGUACAUGAUUGUAUUCCGUUUUUUUAUAGCGUGCACAACAGAGUUAACCCAUUUAACCCAUUUAAAAGAGAGACUGUCAAAAACUGUCUCUUGUAUUACUUAAUACGAAUUUCAUUUAGGCUAGCCUACCUUAUUGAUAAAGAUAGUGAAACAUAAUGCAUAAUGCACAAAGUGAAACAUAACGCAGAAUUGUGAAAUAUAAUUUGUUUAACCUAUACAAAUAGCCUAUAUAUUGGCGGCGUGUGCUCUUUAAUAUUGUACAUCGAGGGAGAUUAAAAGAUUGGGUAAAGAUCUUGCCACUCAACCCCCCUUGGUGCAUACAUGCUGGAUUUAAUACCGGAUUACUCUACGAAUAAAAGCUAUUUAGUAUUAUGUAUCUAAACAUUGUUAUCAUGAUUAAUAUGGUUGUUAGCAUGCUCUUACGAUAAGGGUAAUUAUUCUUAAACCGUUUUUAGCACAAGAAGCAGAUUACUUCCUAAAUAUAGUUUACAGUCUGCUUGCUUUGAAGUGUAGGUCAUGCAAUCUACAAAGCAUAUCAACUAUAGGCCUAUGAGCUCUAUAGGCUAUGAGCUCGUUCCCUAAUACUAUAGGCUUCGUAUAAAGGUGUUACAGUACAGUUAUUCCGAUACUGUGGCUAAUAAGCACAUGACUUGGUUGAUAUGAUUUUGUCCUGUUAAAAAACAAAAUUAGUAUCCCUAUCAGACUGGUGGGAAAUGAGCAUCUGCUUAUCGAAAUACAGCCGCCUAAAAGAGGAAAGGAAGCGUAUAGGAACACAUUUUCUUAGAUUUGAGGACACCUCUUGAGGCACAGAAGAGAUCUGUGGUAUAAUCGUGUGAUUUAUAAGUCAAGCAGAGAGAGAGCCAGACAGACACAGAGAGAGAGAAGAGAGAGAGAGAGAGAGAGAGAGAGAGAGAGAGAGAGAGAGAGAGAGAGAGAGAGAGAGAGAGAGAGAGAGAGAGAGAGAGAGAGAGAGAGGAGAGAGAGAGAGAGAGAGAGAGAGAGAGAGAGAGAGAGAGAGAGAGAGAGAGUAGAGGCUAUUAGGCAUCGAGGCCUACUGCCAAGAUUGGCAACAUGCUGGAGGCCCUCGAGCUAUCCUUUCAGCACCACCACUCCCGCCAGAAUCUAAUGAACAAAAGCACCACAAAUCAGAGGAAUUAUUUCAUAUUUUGUGGAUGUAAAAUACACCUAUCUUUAAUUUCAGUUUUGUAUUAACUCUUAUUGAAAAAACAUGUACUCCAUAGUUAUCGUAUUUGAUUCUGAAGUUGAUUGGGAAAUAAAUACCUGUUAUGCAACUGUAUGUAGGCUAAUGCCACAUCACAAUAGUACAAUAAAAGAUAUUGAGCUUUGCAUUAUCUCUUCAUUUAUUUAGGCCUACACCUUAAUACGUGUAUCGUUAAAUGUAUCCCUCUAUUAUUUGUGCAUGCGGCUUAUGUGUGAAUGUUGUUGACUGAGCAGCCUUCCAGAAACUAUAAAUAUAAAUAGUACAAUUGUACUCCAAAAAUGUCUCCCAACGUACAGAAUGAAGAAGCACAUGUAGGAUUACUUCUCGUGACCUCUACAGUGCACAUUUAAACAGCUUGGUAUGGGUGUGAUUAGAUUACUGAUUAGACAGUGUGAUUUAAUGUAUCAUUCAUUUAAUUUAAAACAACAACUAGCUUGGGAUAGGCUAAUUGCAGAUCUUAGAUACAGUGAAAAUAUUAUAUUGCUCGAGCACAGAAAAAAAUCACCUGUCCAAUUGUUUUGCGCACAGAACGCUGCUUAGGCCUAUUGCAUCCAUUUGUAUGAGUUUGAAGGGUCCGUUCUAAUUUCGAUCUCAUUAUGUCCUCACCGCUAUUCUAAGAUAUUGAAAAUGCUAUUUUCCAUGAGAUGCCUCUUCACCUGGCCAUUGUUCACAUGGUAAAUAUAAGCUAACAUUGCACUGACGACAACGGAGAUUGAGGGAAAUUACUUCCGAGGUUUCAUAUUCUCAAAUGAAAAAAAUAAGGCUAUAUAAUAAUAACAAUAAUAUGUAUUGUUAUAUCACAUUGUAAUACUUCUAUAUAUAUAUUUUUUAGAAAUAUAAUAAUAACUCUUAAUAAUUAUUUGGUUUUGCAUAGCCUAAUCUUAUAUCAAUAGUGACGCUGUUCUGGUGUUAGGCCUACUGGUAAUGUUGAUGGUGAUAACUAAUGGAGUAUUGUGGUGAUAAUGGUGUAUGGUUUUUAACACUAUUAGUGCUCCUACUUAUAGGCAAGUUUUCUUCAUUCAUGCCAUUAUUACUCGGUUUAAGAUAAUACAAAUCGAAUCAGUGGGGUCCAAUCAAGUCCACUUCAAGGCUAAAUAUUGUGUCACCAGCACAGGCACUUGAUUAAAAAAGCAGAGUAAAGGAAUGGGAUCAAUCUCAACCAAAGUCGAAUGAAUGGCAUGAUGACACCAUUUACUCUGUCAGGCUAUGUUUUUAUCGAGGUCGAAUAUAAUGAUGAGGAAUUACAUUACUGUUUAAAAAAAAACAUAUGCUCUGCUCACCUGUUUCCUUGCAGUAUUCCAGGACCAGGAUAUUGUCUUAACGCAUGGUGUGUAUUCUCUCUCUCUCCCUCCAGAAAUCCCCCAGUGUGCGGGCUGUAGUCAACACAUCCUCGACAAGUUCAUCCUGAAGGUGCUGGACCGCCACUGGCACUCCAAGUGCCUCAAGUGCGCCGAUUGUCAAGCGUUGCUGGCAGACAAGUGUUUCUCGCGGGCGGGAAAUGUGUACUGCAAAGAAGACUUUUUCAAGUGAGUUCAACUUCUUCAUUUAAAAACGCAUUGUAUGGGAAUUUAGAACAUUUGAUUAUAUCAAGCUUAAUGGAAUGUAAAAGUGAUGUACUUUUAAGCAAAGCUAGCAUUAUAUUUAAUUGCCUACAUUCAAGUGAGCUAAAAAAUGCCAACAUGAUUGCACUGGCUUGGACUUGUGAAAUCUGUGACAUAUUCAGUGGUGUGUGGUGGAUGUUGCUUAGGUCUGAGGAAAGGGUUUGGUGAGCAUAUUACUAUAUUACUCACAGAUUAGAUUUGAUCUUAUUCAGGACAAUAGUGUCAAUGACAGUGGCAUCGGCAGAAAUCCGUUGAUGGCAGGGCCAGCAAAAAUGUAGGUGGGCCAAAAUUUGGGCAUCAAAUGAUCACAAAAGCAUUAGCCUACCCUACUAAUUGAUCGCACACAACAAACCAUCUUACGUGAUUUUGCAUUACAAACCAAAUAGUCUUGUUGGCCUACCAAAAUCCAUGACUCUUGCAUUUUUAUUUAACUAUACAAGUCAGUUAAGAACAAAUUCUUAUUUACAAUGACGGCCUACACCGGCCAAACCCGGACAACGCUGGGCCAAUUGUGCGCCGCCCUAUGGGACUCCCAAUCACGGCCAGUUGUGAUACAGCCUGGAAUCGAACCAGGGGGUCUGUAGUGACGCCUCAAGCACUGAGAUGCAGUGCCUUAGGCCACUCGGGAGCCCAUGUAACAUGCGACUCACAUAGACCUACACAUGAUAAACCAUAGGCCUAUAAUUAAUAGACUAUGAGACUAGAACAUAAUGCCCUGAUAUAACAGUAAUAAUCACAAUAGACAUCCAUAGCUUAUAUAGAGGUCACCAACCUUUUCUUUGUCGAGAUCACUUCAUGAGUCAAAAUGCAACCCGCGUGCAAUUCUCUGCUGGGUGCGGGAGAUCAAGUGUGCCUACAAUGUAUUGUGUGAUAUCAACUGAAUGAUCAAUAGCCUAUAGGGCCUAACUAUAGUGCAUGGGCGGAGAAGCACAGGGCAAAGUUAUAUUUCCAAUUAAAUUCCUGAAAAUGAUAGGCUAUUUACAUUGACUGGAAAUAAAUAUUGUUUCAUGCAUUUCCUACUUUCAUAUAUAAUAAGAUAGGUCCGAUUUUCUCCAUGUAGGCCUACCCCUUAUCAUAAAUAACGUAGAGUCCCCUAGGCUAUAUGAUAACACUGGUAAUAGGUCAGUUGUUGUAGCCUAUUACUUGCGAGGCACAUUGAAAUAAAUAGAAGAAAAAAAACAUUCACUGGACUGAUGGUCAUGUCUCAGCGAAGGGUGGGAGAGAGUGCGAGUCGAAGUGGAGAAGCCUGUUUCAUGAUUUCUAGUGUUGAAUAAAAACAGUGUUGUAUUGCUGAUCAUUGUCUCUGAAUGUACUGAAAGUGUCUUUAAGACCCUCGAUUAGAUCAAUGCAACCAGUGACUGAUAUAGAGGGGGACUGGAGGCCCUUCAUGGCGAAAUCACUGAUAUCAAAUAACUUGGCAAAUGCUCCAACAUCCUCUUCUGUACACGGUCUCUUGAAAAAAAUGUAACAGUGAGCUUUGUUUGGCCAUUUUACUUGAGUCUUAGCUAGCUAGCUAACGGUGAGUAGCCUACACAGUGUAGCCUAGCCUACACAGCGAUAGCUACUGUUUACCGCACAUGGUAUCAGUGCGAAGUGACACGUGCCAGAACCACCCAUUAUUUUGAAAUUGAUAAGGUUAUUUUAUUUUUAAUUUUUUACAAUUCGUCUUUUUGUUAUUUUUUCAGGGUAAAUAAUCAAGCAUAGUUCAAAUUAAUUACAUAGGCCUAGAUAAAAAUGUAUUUUAUAUAUAGCACUAGAUUUUAUGUAAGAUGUCCUCAAGUGUCCUGAAAGGCAUCUGCCAAAUCAAAUGUAUUAUUAUUAUUAUUGUCAAUAUAUAUCCCUUUCGUUUUCCCACCCCCUCCAUACUGCUUACUAUGAAUUUCGUCUGAUGGUGUAUGCAUGUUUAGGCCAAUGCUUGACCUGGACUGAAAUAGGUGCCGGUACUCAUUUUGGGUCCGGUACCAUUUAUAUUUAGUUGCAGGAACUCCUCAAUUCUUUUGAGCUAAUAUUCUAUAGGAGGUGCAGGAACUCCAGCAGAAUAACAUUUGAGGUGCCGGUACUCAGUUCCGGUGAGCUCCUGCCCAAGUCAAGUACUGUGCUUAGGCAAAAAGACAAAUAAUGUCCAGUUUGGAACACUGACAAUCGGAGUGGGUGGGCCUGCGCCAAAUUUACAUUUACAUUUACAUUUUAGUCAUUUAGCAGACGCUCUUAUCCAGAGCGACUUAGCAAAUCAUGCGCACUUGUGCCUAUGCCCCUGGUCAGUGAGGACUUUCCUCUUUGCAUAGUUAACUUUCAUAAUGUUAGAGAAAAGGCUUGUGUCAAGACUUAGUGACAUGACAUUUUUUACAUUACAUUUUAGUCAUUUAGCAGACGCUCUUAUCCAGAGCGACUUACAGUUAGUGAAUACAUUUUUUUUAUACUGGCCCCCCGUGGGAAUCGAACCCACAACCCUGGCGUUGCAAACGCCAUGCUCUACCAACUGAGCUACAUCACUGCCGGCCAUUCCCUCCCCUACCCUGGACGACGCUGGGCCAAUUGUGCGCCGCCCAUGAGUCUCCCGGUCGCGGCCGGCUGCGACAGAGCCUGGAUUCAAACCAGGAUCUAGUGGCACAGUUAGCACUGCGAUGCAGUGCCUUAGACCACUGCGCCACUCAGGAGUUACAUGACCAACACAAUGAGGUAAAUCAAGCUCAGCAUCCUACAACAUCCUUCUGCCUUUCUGUCCAUGUUGAAUACUUAUGUUGGAUAAGACAGAACACAUAACACUCAAACUUUCAACUCCAAAGACACUCUAUACAAAUUCAAUUUAUUACUGCUCUACAAGCCCUAGCUGGACACACACAACAGCAACUUUGAAUUUAUUCUCUUCCCUUUCUCUACCUUUUGCUUCCAUCUUUUUGCGAUUGAAUUUCUGAGGCAUUAAAGAAGAAAAUUAAGUUGGACUUUUAUCCAAAACAGGAUCCGGACAGGCUUUUACUAAAUCAUGUUUGAGAGGUUUUAAUGUCAGAAGCUUCAAUGAGACCUAAAAAGCUUGCAAGUCAGAGAGUGGAGGCUAACUUUAUUAGGCGGCCCUGGGGACAAUAGGGGGGAUUUUUUUAUGUUAAAACUGCAGUGGUGCUGUGCACUAGGGGGACGGGAGAGAGGAAGCGGAGAGGGGAUAAUGGUGAUGGUGCUGAGGCGGGGGUAGUAUAGUGCUGGAUUUCCCAGCCGUGAUGAAGAAACUUCACCUUGGUCUGAAGGAAGGGUUUAUUUCUCUGUAUAGGCUGUGUGAUUUACAGCCCCUCCUGAGUCAGUGCUUUAUUGGUUCUCUUCAGUGUGUUUACUCAGAGCUCUCUCUAUUGGAUCUCUCAGCCCCCACUAUACCACUACAUUGAUCCAGGCCAUUCGUCAACCUGAGGACCAGCCUACCACCAACACAAAUGCAUUCCACCACUGAUCCAUUCCACCACUGAUGCUGUCUGAACUGACUAGGGCUGGAUCUACCUGUUCUGGAUGGGGUUUGAGUAUCUGACGGCAGGUGUGUAUGUGUGUGUGUUUACUUGCAGGCGGUUUGGAACAAAGUGUGCGUCGUGCCAACAGGGGAUACCGCCGACCCAGGUGGUGCGGAAGGCCCAGGACUUUGUGUACCACCUGCACUGCUUCGCCUGUGUCAUGUGCAGUCGGCAGCUGGCCACUGGGGAUGAGUUCUACCUCAUGGAAGACGGCAGGCUGGUGUGCAAGGAGGACUACGAGACGGCCAAACAGAAUGGUAGGUGUCUGACUGGGCCAUCCUCCUAUUGCUUUGGCCACUGUUUUCUGUGAAUAAUAUUUUGUGUGAAUAAUUCAGUCCUGUCUCCUUGGUAACCUGUUAUAUUUAGAACAUUCUCACCAAAUAGACUUGAGACUAGCAGCCUCAAGCUGGUUCACCCAUGUGGCAUGGUGCUCUAAAUGUCUGCUGGCACCUGCUGGGGAGCUUUGGAGAGAGGUGCAGGAAUUAGGAGCCUAUUCAAAAGCAUCCAGACAGGGAGUUCAGCAGACAGCAAGGUGCAGUUAACCAACCUAGAUUCAGGGGUAGAUGUAACAUAGUCAACGAAAAUCUGUGAGACUCAAAUUAGUAUGAUAUGUUACCUUUGGUAUGGUAUGUAUUCAUUUGUAGAUUUUCAUCAUCCAUUUUGAAUGAUACGUUACGAAUUACAAUUUGUAUGAUAUGUUACGAAUGAUAAUUCGUAUGCUAUGUUAUGAAUUGCAAUUCGUACAAUAUGUUACCCAUUUGCCUUACCUAUGAUAUGUUACGAAUUCCCAUUUGUUGUGCCUAACGCUAACGUUAGCUAGGUGGCUAACGUUAGCUAGGCUAGGGGUUAGGGUUAGGGGUUAAGGUUAGGGUUAGGGUUAGGAGUUAGGUUAAAUGGUUAAGGCUAGGGUUAGGGGAAGGGUUAGCUAACAUGCUAAGUAGUUGCAAAGUAGCUAAAAAGUAGUAAGUAGUUGCAAAGUUGCUAAUUCGCUAAAAGGCUAAAGUUGUCCAUGAUGAGAUUCGAACACACAACCUUUGGGUUAAUAGAUGUUUGCGUUAUACGUAUGAUAUGUUACAAAUUACAAUUCCUAUGAUAUGUUGCGAAUUCAAAUUUGUUGUGGCUAACAUUAGUUAGGUGGUUUGGUGGCUAACGCUAACGUUAGCUAGGUGGUUAGUUGGCUAACGCUAACGUUAGCUAGGUGGCUAACAUUAGCUACGCUAGGAGUAGCUAAAAAGUAGUAAGUAGUUGCAAAGUUGUCUGUGAUAAGAUUCCAACACGCAACCUUUGGUUUGCUAGACGUUCGGGUUAUAUGGCUACCCAUUCACCUUGAACAAUCACCCUCCUUUCGUUUUUGCCUUAAGUAAACUGUCUUAUAUAACUAUACCAAACGUAACAUAUUAUACUAAUUUGAGUGUCCCGUAUUUCUAUUUACUAUGUUAUGUCAAGUCUAUGAGACCAGCCUGCAUGAACUCCUUUAUGUAUAAUAAUACUGAAGAAUUGACGGAUCACAAGAGACAAGAGGAUAGUGAAGAGACAGAAUCAUCAUAAACCCAGCCGGAUGGGGUCACAGUGUCUCUCAGUGUCCUGCCUGGGCAUUAAAUCUCCAGUUUCUCUGACCUUUUAUGGAUCUGAUUUUGAAAGCUCUGCCUGUGUGUUUAUGGAGAUUUACAUGGCCCACUGAUUGAUUAUGUUAAGUGAUGCAAUGCACUUUUACGGUGGGCCCCCAAUAACUCCGUUCUUCUGGCAUUCUCCUGGGAGAUUUAUGUCCCCUGCAGUGGGACAGUUUCAAAAGGGUAUUUACUUGCCAUACAUGACCACUCAGUCCAUUCAAGCAAGUUCUUCACCUGUAUUUACUAGUCAAUAUACAACAUGGAAAACCCACAGGUUAAUUUCAAUAAAAAACGUUAGUCACAAAUAUAGUUAAAUAUCUAAAAGCUAUUCUAUAAUCCUUGCAUGUCUUUCUCAGAUGAUUCAGAGGCAGGUGCAAAGCGACCACGAACCACCAUCACAGCCAAACAGCUGGAGACCCUUAAAAUCGCCUACAAGAACUCUCCCAAGCCAGCACGCCACGUCCGCGAGCAGCUCUCCUCAGAGACGGGGCUGGACAUGAGAGUAGUGCAGGUGUGUGCCUCACAACAGGAUUUCUAAUAACAAGCUGAGCAGUUGUCUAGUUUGGACUAGUUUAAGAGAACAUCCUAGUGAUAAUAUGUAGAUAUAGACACGAAUUAGAAGAGUCAAACCUCUCUUCUGUAUUUACUAAGAAAUGUAUCUUAUCCCCCAAUGGCAGGUGUGGUUCCAGAAUCGUCGUGCAAAAGAGAAGCGUCUGAAGAAGGACGCAGGGCGGCACCGUUGGGGUCAGUUCUACAAAAGCGUCAAACGUAACCGAGGGGGCAACAAAGUGGAGAAGGAGAGUUCAGCAGAUGAUGCGGGACUGAGCGACAGUGAGCUCAGCUUCAGAGGUCAGUAUGGCUAACCCAACCCCAAACCUCUUUCAUAUCUCUCUCUCUCUCUCUUCCUCAGCUCCUCCUCCUCUUCCUGUCUUUCUUUUCCCAUUUCUCCAUGGAACCUACAUGAAAAGAGAAACUUUGGCCGUGCAAAUGACAUUUAACACAUCCCCAUGUUUUUAUGGUUAUUUGAUGUUUGUGAGCCCGUUUUGGGGACUCAUAAAAGUCUCAAGACACUUUUAAAAGGAGGCCAUUUUUACGAGAAAUGAAAACACCGUAGCAGAAACUCUAUAAAGUAGGUGAAGCUUUUAGUCAAUUAGAGGGAAAGUGCUCUGGGGCAUUGUUGUUAUUGAAACAGUACUGGAGGGACUGUUGGAGACAAAUAUUUUGUAUUGCAUGCACAGACCCCCUUUGUUUGAGCUUAAGGUAAAUCAUGACUCUUUCGUCUCUUACUAAACGCUGGGGGAACACUAUUAAGCACUACACACCUAUGCCAUUUACCUAGAUGAAAUCCAGAUCAUGUUGCCUCAAUUAAAUGGUUUCAUAAAGGCACUUAAUUCUAUUUAAAGAUAACAGCUGUAUAAUGUUGAUAUAGUUGAUGACAGCUCCAUAGAAGUGUUAAAACACCACUGUGUGGCUAAUUGAUAGUAGCUAACUCCCUCCUCUCUUCCACCAGACGACCAGAUCCUGUCAGACCUGGGCCACACCAACGGCCUGUAUGGGAGUGUGGGCGACGUGGCCAACGGAGGCUUGUUGAACGGAGGCUUCUCUCUGGAUGCUGCUGGACAGCCCUAUCAUGACAUUCGAGUGGGCAGUCCCUACGGCCUCCCCCAGUCGCCCUCGUCCAUCGCCUCGCUGUCCGGCCACACCCCGCUGCUCAACAACCUGGGCUUCACCAUGGACAGCAUCAUGGCCCAGGGGGGGCAGGGUGGCGUGGGGCAGGCUCUCAGGGCCAUGGCAGGAGGCCCCACCUCUGACCUUUCCACAGGGAGCAGCACGGGCUAUCCAGACUUCCCCACCAGCCCUGCCUCAUGGCUGGACGAGAUGGACCACUCCCAGUUCUGA